AUGUCACGAAGAUACGACUCCAGAACAACAACAUUUUCGCCAGAAGGACGAUUAUAUCAAGUGGAAUAUGCACUUGAAGCAAUUAAUAACGCAGCUCCAACAGUCGGAUUGCUUUGUAAAGAAGGGGUGAUUUUGGGAGCAGAUAAAGCAGUGGUGUCAAAAUUACUUGAUCAAGGUAAAUCACUAGAAAAAAUAUAUACAAUAGAUCGUCAUAUUAUAGCUGCUGUAGCAGGUUUAACAGCUGAUGCGAAUAUUUUGAUUGCUCAAGCUCGUAUAGACUCUCAAAGAUACCAAUAUACAUAUGGUGAGGAGCAACCUGUAGAGCAAUUAGUUACUCAAAUAUGUGACAGAAAACAAAGUUACACACAAUUUGGUGGAUUAAGGCCAUUUGGUGUAUCAUUUUUAUUCGCCGGUUAUGACAAGAACUACGGAUACCAAUUAUAUCAAUCUGACCCAUCUGGUAACUUUUCUGGGUGGAAAGCUACCGCAAUUGGUCAAAAUAACCAAACUGCAACAUCUCUUUUAAAACAAGAAUGGAACGAAGACUUAACAUUAGAUCAAGGCCUUCACUUAGUCGCAAAAGUUUUAACUAAGACUAUGGAUACUACUUCCCCCACUGCAGACAAAUUUGAGUUUUCUAUUUUGACCUACAAUCAAGAAACCAAUAAGUGCACUCAAAAAGUUCUAUCUGAAAAAGAAAUCAAGGAAUUGCUGGAAAAAGUCCAAAAGGAGAUUGCUUCUGAAAAUAAUGCUAGGAAUAACUCUGAAGCAAAUCACCAGAGUUAA